AUGUGUGAGACAUGUCAUGUGAAACAAAUAGGGGAAGCGGAGGGAUGUGCUGUUCGUGCUGAUCCGCAUGCUUAUAAGCCGCCGCUGCUGCCAGUGCUUCCAGAUGACCUGCUGUUCCACGCCCGCAACCUGGUGGUGGUGAGAACAGGGGAAGAGAUCAGAGGCAAUGCUCCUCUCAGUGAGGAGUUUGUUUUCCGGGCAGCCCUGUGUCCGCUUCUUCUUGCAGGCGGCUUCUCGGUCAUCUCGACGGUUUUCAUCUGCCCGCUUUUCUUCAGCCUAGCACACGGGCAUCACAUCUGGAACCUAGUGCACUACCAUCGCUGCUCCCUUCCCCAAGCUCUUGCCAUGGUUGGGUUCCAAGUGGCCUUCACGUGGGUGUUUGGCUGCCUUGCUGCCUUCAUCAUUCUGAGAACAGGCAGUCUGUGGGCGUCAGUGGCAGCUCACGCCUUCUGCAAUGCCAUGGGGGUUCCUGAUUUCCAAGCAGCUCUGACACACCGGCACAGAUACGCAUUUGUGGCGGGAGUGGCCCUGUUUGUGUAA